AUGGUCACUGACGUUCAUUUGGCAAUACUUUCUAAUGCACUUGGCAUUGUCCUUUUUCUUCUGGUAGUACUUUACCAUUAUAUCAAUGCUAAUUAUUCCAAGUAACCAACACUUUAAUAUGACAACUUUCUAUAUGUAUAUACAGUACAAAUAAAAUUUUUCUAAAUACAUUUCUUAA